AUGUCUGGUAUACAUAAGACAAGCGUUUUAGGAACUUUCCAGAUGGACAAAUCCCCUUUGAGUCUCGAUUGUUUGAGAUCCCGUGCAUUGAAAUUGAACGAAUUUACUAACAAUAAAAUAUUUUUACAGUCUUUCUCCUCUACUCUUUACAACACUAUCUUCAAGAGAAACUCCGUCUUCGUCGGUACCGUCUUUGCUUCUACCUUCCUUUUCCAAGUUGCAUUUGACUCUGGUAUCACUGCUUGGUACGAAAACCACAACAAGGGUAAGUUGUGGAAGGACAUCAAGGGUAGAAUUAUGAACGGUGAUGAAGAAGAUGAUGACGAAUAA